AUGUCCAGCCGGUCGCUUGUUGCCGCCUUGCUUUUCGCCCUCGUUGCGCUCGCUCGCCCUGUUCGCGCGGCGGAUGACGCCCCGCACACCAUCGAGACACGCAAAGGACCCGCCAUCAUCGCAUUCGUGCUGUUCGGCGCCGUCUUCCUCGUCCACUGUUUCCAGUACAUCCGCAACCGGCGAAGGGGAAACAAAGGGAUGCUCACUUUACUCAUCGGCAUGUUCUUCAUGUCUCUGGGCUUCUUGCUUCGAACGUCGAAGACGCAGUAUGCCUGGCAGUUCCUCUCCUGCGCAUUCCUCGCAACCGACUACAUUAUCCUCGCCCGUCUGGGUCGAGCGGUUGGACCCGAAGUUGCGAGACGCUGCCUCCCUAUCUCGCCCUCCGCCAUCUCUUGGCUCUUCAUGCUUUCCGACUGCGUUACUUUCGCUGGCCAAGCGACGGGAACGGUUUUCAUCACCAUUGGCGGAGACUGGACUUCGAUCGGGAACAAGCUCGCAAUCGCUGGUUUGAUCCUCCAGGUCGUCUCUUUCGUCACCUUCACCUUCCUCCUCUACCUCUUCGCGCGCAGACUGGGCCCCCGGUACCCGAGCAUAUACGCUUCACCCGAGUCAGGCAGCCACAACCUCCGCCGACCCUUUGUGUUCGAGCCAGUCAACGACGUUCGGUUGCUCGUCCGCAUCGUCGGGCUGACCUGCACCGGCAUCGCGCAGAUUCGAAGCGUCUUCCGCCUCAUCGAGCAGUGCGACGGCUUCUUCGGCACCAUCGCAAGCCACGAAGUCUUCUUUUACCUUUUUGACACGAUCCCGCUCCUCCUCUCCGUCGCGCUCUUCGGGCUCGUCUGGCCGCCGCGGUACAUCGAAGGGUGCGCGCUGGCGAGCGCCGAGAACAAGAGGGGAGAGAGCGUAGAUUUGCAGAGGUUGUGGAAGUAG